AUGCCCGUCUUGCGAGUCACCCCGCUGGGGAUGAGCGUUCAGUUCUUGCAGCAGAUCACUGGGACCAAUUCGAUCCUCUAUUAUACGGUGAGCCUUCUCUUUGAACGAGGUGGAAUCACCGACCCUCGGACUGCAAACCUGGCCACUGGCGGUGUGGGCAUCGUGCUUUUUGUCUCCUCGUGGGUUUCCAUUUUCUUCUUCGACCAGCUGGGCCGCAAAACGUGGCUUGAAAUCGGAACAGUGGGCAUGGCGGGAGCAAUGGUUGGCAUCACCGUACUGCAAUCGCAUGCAGAGAGCCACCCGGGAGAUAGCGCCAAAUACAUGAUUCUCAUGUUCUCAUACCGGUUUUAUGUGUUCUUCAACAUCAGCUGGGGUGUAGGAUCGUGGACGUAUGCAGCGGAAAUCUUCACAGUCUCGAUGCGAGCCAAGGGCAAUGCGCUGACAACCGCAUCGCUGUGGGCGGCGUUGGGAACUCGGGGCCGCAUGCUGGAAGAAAUGUCCCCUGUCUUUGGGAUCGAAAGCCAGCUCGCGGAGCGAAGUGGUGUUAAGCCAACCCACGCUGGACAAGACCGUAUGGAGGAGCAUGUUGAAAAUGUAGGGGUGGCAGAGCAAUAA